AUGACGUAUGCUAACCUCGUUGUUAAUAUCAAUGAUAUCGAGUAUGUUUUAGCUAAUUUGAUGGACAGCGUAGGUCUUCUCACCACCGGAUUCUGUUUCACUCUUGUGAGCUUUCAUAACGCCUCUAUUAUCAAAGUUAUUGAAGUUAUUAAAAAUAAUUGUGAUCCGGGACACUACAAAAUUCUCAAGGAGAGACAAGUAUUUGAGGAAUAUAAUCACAUCAUUGACAUAUUGUUCAGAAUAGCUAGCUAUUACUUGAUACCUUAUGUGUGCAUAGUCUGCAUCAUUCCAAUUUUAUCACGUUCGUCAGAUCGUACAUCCGUCGAUUCAAGUAACGAUUCCAGUGUCGAAAACAAUUAUCCACUACCGUUAGACCUCUAUCAGCUCCACGAUAUCAAUAACGAAGUGAUAUAUUUUCUGACAUACAUGUUCAUAGUGAUAAUAUUGACAUUCAACGUUCUCAUCCGCUUGAAUAUCGAUUUUCUCUUUGUACUUACCGUAUUUCAUCUGUGUGGACAAAUUUCGGUUUUAUCAAUUCGGAUUGAGAAUUUAACAACCAGUCAUCCUAAGAUCUUUCAAGAAGAACUUAUAGCGGUGAUAAAUUAUCAUCACACUAUCAUAUGGUUGAGCAAAAGGAUGAAAAGAAUAUUUAGUUUUUAUUUGGCCUCAUUUCUACUGACUUCAACAUUCCUCCUGUGCUUGACAAAUUACCAAGGGUUAGCUAACAUGAAGCAAGGUAAUUCCUUUAAAGCCAUCAGAUGUUUUCUAUGCACAUUUAUUAUUUCGGGAAUGGUCUUUGUUAACUGUUUACUUGGAAACUUUCUUGUUGCUGAGAGUGGCAACUUGGAGAGGGCAUUCUACGAAUGUUUAUGGUACAAAACAUCUCCCGCUUUUCAGAAGAUGAUUUUGGUGUGUCUGAUGCAAUCCCAAUCUCCGUUGUAUCUGAGUGCUGGCGGAUUUACUGUCGUCAGCCUUGCUACAUUGACAGCAGUCAUGAAAACUACUGCAGGAUAUCUGUCAUUGCUACGCGCCGUUAUGUAG